AUGUCUCUGAUCAUACCUAUCAUUUUUCAGUGUUUCGCUGCCGGAGCUGAAAGUGGUGUUCACUCCAAGUCUCAUCCUUAUAUUUUAAAGCUCGGUACGCCCACCGGACUGUUCAACUCUUGGUGUUUUUGGAACCAUGAUGAGGAACUUAAACUGCUCGAUGCUAUUGAAACUUAUGGCUUUGGCAAUUGGUGGGUCUUAUGGUGUCAGUUUAUUGACCCAUCUGAAGAUUGUAAACGUCAUUAUGAAACAUACUACGUAAAUGGUCUGAUUGGAAAACGCCUCAGCUCGGAGUCUGUCUACCGUUUCAGGAUACAAGAUCACACAUACUUCGAAAACCACUCUACUGAUUUUACACUCGACUUACUGAAAUUAGAGGACCAAAAGAUUUUGGGCUAUAUGCCAUACCGAGAUGAGUUUGAAUGCGAGUAUCUGAAUAACGCGGAAAAGACUUUAAUAGCCAUUCCCUAUGACACCACUGAUGAGUUGUUAAGGGAGCUGCAUUUAGCGCUGGUCGCUAUAUACAAUCGGCAUUUAGCCUAUCGUCGUUUCCGUCACAGCGUGGCCUGUGAACACGGUCUUGUUCCUCGAUUACUGCAUAAGAUCAAGCUCACUCUACCGAAAGUUAGAAACUGGCACCGAAAAACUACUCUACGCAGCUCUCAGAAGGUAGUUCGACGACCAUCCUUAUUGAGUUAUGGAGGCCAAACCCACGCUUACACUUUGUUUAAAGAGGCAACUAGCAUUGACUCUCCCAGUACCAUGAAAGUUUCGUCCUUCGAACUGCAAUCUCCGUCUAGUGAACUGAGCUCGGAUCGGAAGAGCACUUUCGAUUACGUUCAAUCGAAUUUUGAGUGUAUUAAAUCUACAAAUGAUGCGUAUCCGCAUUUUUCAACUACAUUUAGAGACCCUCGCGAAUCCCCUCCAGAUGAACUCAAUGAACAACCGUAUGGCUGCGAUUCUCUUGGUUUCAAUCAAGCUUCCUGGCUUCCUUCCUUGCUGCUUAAUAGGUCGCUUUCCUCUAAGUGUGGACUGUUAGCGAACGCAAAUCCCUGUCUGUGUAGUAAACAUCGCACGCACGCCGUCUUCUGCUACACCACUAUAAACUGCCUGACUACUUGCCAGGGAGAUUCGUCAACCACGACUUCUGACUCUGGCAUCGGUUCCUGCGAAACUUGCACUCAUUCCAUCCUGUCUAUUAGCGGUGACCAUCUCGCGCACACAAGUCAUUCCAUCAAUUUACUCCGACGACCGAUACAGUUCAGACGUUCCCGAUGCAAUUCCGACUCGAUAUGUUUCCUCAGUUCACGCCAUCGAUCCGAAAGGCGUUCAUCUGGACCCAAUUCUCCGGUGGCCAUGCGUCAUCGAAUCGAAAACAUUAAUGAUGCUACCACCCCUUUUGAACCCAUUCCCCGGACCAGCGAUAUAAAGCCGGAUCUCCCCACCAAAUUACUGGCUCAAGCUGGCGUCUGUGAUGCGCUAGCCGCACCUCCCGCACGCCGCCGCGGUCGUCCACCAAAGUCUUCUAAACGGUUUCCCGUGCGUUCUGCGAAGAGGGUCUCUAUUCCAUUCAAGCAAAGAAACCUUCCAUUAACGUAA